ACCACAAAACCAGUCAUAAGGGUAAAUUUUUUGAAAUUGAGAUUUACAUAUAACCUGAAUAAGUAAGCUUUUCAUUGAUGUAUGGUUUGUUAAGAUAGGAUAUUAUUUGGCCAAGUUAAAACUAUUUGAAGAUCUGGAAUCUGAGGGUGCAAAAAAAAAAAAAAAAAAAUCUAAAUAUUGAGAAAAUCGCCUUUGAAGUUGUCCAAAUGAAGUCCUUAGCAAUGCAUAUUACUAGUCAAUUCAGUUUUUAUAUAUUUAUGGUAGGACAUUUACAAAAUAUCUUUAUGGAAUAUGAUCUUUACUUAACAUCCUAAUGAUUUUUGGAAUUAAAAAAAAAAAAUAGAUAAUUUUGACCCGUACAAUUUAUUGUUGGCUACUGCUACAAAUAUACCCCUGCUACUUAUGACUGGUUUUGUGGUCCAGGGUCACACACAUAUAAAAUAUAUACAUAAUGAUGUAUGGCAAUACAUCGUCUGUCAUGGGUGUAAAAAAAAAAGCUUUGGUCUAUAAAAAGAGUGUUUGAAGGGAUGUGUUGGCCACUGAGUGUUUGAAGGGAUCCAAUCCACAAUGCUGAUUCUGGAGCUACUACUGCUCUUAUCAGUGUUGAUCAAAGCAGAACAGCCAGACUGUAGGCGACAGGGCAAAGCACAUCUGCCUGAGUUCAUCAAAGAUGGAGCUCUAAAGAUCGGAGGCAUCUUCACAUUUUACACAGGCUAUACAGGGGUCAUUCCGCAGUUUACCCGAUUACCUCCACAACCAAAAUGCAAGGAUAUCAAUUAUAGGGAAUUUAAAUUUGCAUGCACUAUGAUCUUCGCAAUAGAGGAAAUAAAUAAAAACCCAAAUAUACUCCCAAACCACACACUGGGGUAUGAAAUCUUCAAUGCUUGUGGAUUCUCUAAUAUUCUUCAAUCUGCACUUUCACUGUCCAAUGGACAAGAUGCCGUCUUUGAUGAAUUAAACUGCACCAAGGCCAAUACUGUACAGGCUAUAAUAGGCCAUUCAGGAUCCACUCCAACCAUUGGGUUUGCUAGAAUAACUGGCCGAUUCCACAUACCAGUGAUCAGUCAUUUUGCUACCUGUGCUUGCCUAAGCAACAGAAAAGAGUUUCCUUCUUUCUUCAGAACUAUUCCAAGUGAUUACUACCAAAGCAGAGCACUGGCCCAGCUGGUGAAACAUUUUGGUUGGACAUGGGUGGGAACCUUAAGCAAUGACAAUGAUUAUGGUAAAAAUGGCAUUGCCACAUUCAUUAAGGCUGCACAUGAGGAGGGAGUCUGUAUUGAAUACUCAGAAGCUUUUGAAAGCACAGGAUCAAAAACGUCAUUAACAAAUAUCGUAGACACUAUCAGAACCUCCACAUCUAAGGUAAUAAUGGCUUUCAUGUCGCACAGAGAGAUUAAGAUACUGGUGGAUGAGCUAUACAGGCAAAAUAUUACAGGGCUGCAGUGGAUCGGAAGUGAUGCCUGGAUUACAGAUGGCUCUUUAGUAGAUAGCCAAGGCCACACUUUGCUAAUUGGAUCUAUAGGAUUCACUGUCCGCAAUUCUCAAAUACCUGGAUUAGGCCCUUUUCUACAAGAUGUUAACCCAUCUCAGUUUCCUAAAAGUAUGUUUCUCAAGGAAUUCUGGGAAAAUGUUUUUCAGUGCUCACUGAGCCCAAAUAUAACACAAAGGUCAUGCAAUGGCUCAGAGCACUUAAAAUAUGUCAAACAUCAUUUUACUGAUGUGUCUGAUCUGAGAUAUGCCAAUAAUGUCUACAAGGCUGUAUAUGCAAUUGCUCAUGCACUGGAUAAUCUAUUGUCAUGUAAGCAACAAAAAGGCCCAUUUGCUAAUGCCACCUGUGCCCAACCCACUACAGUACAACCCUGGCAGAUUUUACAUUAUCUGCAGACUGUGAAUUUCACCACGAAUGGGGGAGAAACACUGUUUUUCGAUAGCAAAGGUGACUCCCCCGCGAGAUAUGAACUAGUAAACUUACAAAAGGCCACAAAAGGCACGAUGGAAGUAGUCACAAUUGGCUACUAUGAUGCAACUCAGCCUCGUGGGCAACAGUUUACUAUGAACAAUGUCAACAUCAUCUGGGGAGGAGGCCUAAGGACUGUGCCUGUGUCUGUGUGCAGUGAGAGCUGUCCCCUAGGCACUAGGAAAGCGGUGCAGAAAGGAAGGCCCAUCUGCUGUUUUGACUGUAUCCCAUGCCCUCCAGGAGAGAUUAGUAACACAACAGAUUCAUCUGACUGUGUGAAGUGCCCUUUUGGAUACAGGUCCAAUAGCAGAGGUGAUGAGUGUAUCAAAAAGACAGUGGAAUUCCUGUCAUUCACCGAAAUCAUGGGUAUCGUUUUAAUGAUGUUUGGGUUACUUGGGGCAUUUUUAACUAUGUUCAUAUUUGUAGUAUUUUUUCACUACAAAGACACACCAAUAGUAAAAGCCAACAACUCAGAGCUGAGCUUCCUGCUGCUCUUCUCAUUGACUCUGUGUUUCCUCUGUUCACUUACUUUCAUUGGUCGGCCUACUGAGUGGUCCUGUAUGUUGCGUCACACAGCAUUUGGGAUCACUUUGUCCUCUGUAUCUCUUGUGUUUUGGGGAAAACAAUAGUGGUAUUAAUGGCUUUUAAAGCUACACUUCCAGGAAGAAAUGUCAUGAAAUGGUUUGGGCCUCUUCAACAGAGAAUCAGUGUUGUUGGCUUUACUCUUGUACAGGUCCUCAUCUGUUUCUUUUGGUUAACAA